AUGAAGUUCCUUUUCAGUUAUCUUUAUUAUAUAUUAGUCUAUAUAUAUUUUGUUUCUGCUCAGUCAGGUGUAGUAUAUGAUGAAAAUCAAAAAAGUGUUCAGUUUCAUAUCACCUUAUGGAUUGUAAUAACCUUUAUAGUAGCAUUCCUUUUAGGAACCUAUGCAACGUACCGAAUUUCACAUACAAAAGAUUCAUUAUUAUAUUCAAAAAUUAACGCAUCUAGUAAUACUAAAUAA